AUGUCUACCACUUUUCGAGUGUCUUGUCAAUGGUCUCUUGGGGGCGUGGGCCGCUCGGGAGCUCUUCGGCUGGGAUCCUAUACCCUUCUAUCAUAUAUUCUUCACGUUCUCACCUGGUUAAUCUCGGACUUGAUCGUCAUGAUCGUCGUCAACGGAGUCAUGCCCAUGAACGUAUUUCAGUUCCUCAUAUGCUGGAUUUUUCGGGAAUGCUCCAUGAUGUAUCCUUACCUGUAUGCCGUGUUUGUUCCUACGAUCCGCUGGCGAGCAGUGACCUAUCGGCUUGGCUGGGAUGGUAGAGUGAAGGAAGCCACAACAUAA